GCACUGCCCAAGCCCUGCUUUGGGCUUGGGCUUUAAUGACAACGCAGCAGAAGCAAGGUGGUUAAUUGCUGUGCUGUCCGGACAUCUUUACCAUCCCUGCUUUGGUCACUCCGUUAAAACAAUAAGAAUGCUAUUUCUUGCCUGCCUCUCUAUGCUAAUCAGCUAGCCCAGUCUCCUCCCCUCCAGCCUCCCUUAAGAACUGUACACAUCCAACUGUCACAGGGGCGAACUCCAACCAGGCAGAUUUAAUCCUGCAGCGCUUUCCCCCUUUGCUUGUUUCUCUAGCAGUCCUCUCUACACUAGAGGGACUGGACUUUACAGCAGAGAAGGAACUGAAAACGGCUAAAAUUGAACGAGAGAGCUAGUUUCACCGAGAGACGUCGUUUCUUUUUGAACAUUCUAAAAGGGGAAAGGUCCAGGGCGCUUUAAAAUAAACUAAGAGUUAAGUCGUGUUUCCAGCCAAAUAAGCUGGCAUCUUUGUAGGCAGGAGGUGCGAUACUGGUAAAUAUUUACUGCAGAAUUCUUGACCAGUAGAAACCCUGGCAUGCUUUUCGAGGAGUAAAUGUUUUACAUGCGAGGCGAGAUCUGCGCGUGCCUCUGUGUUCUUUCCAAGUAACUUCUGAAGACAGUUUUUGAUGUCUGGCUAAGACAAACUGCGCUAGUGGUCCCCGAGUCACAGCCAGAUCGUUGGUACCAUGUCUACAACACAAAGGAAAGACGACAGCCACCUGUUCACCAGUUCGUGCACGCGUCAGCUGCAGGUGCAGGAGGAUCGGCAACAGCAAGAAAAAUAUGUCAUUGCUCAGCCAAUAUUUGUUUUUGAGAAAGGAGAACACAAUUUUAAGAGACCUGCAGAAGACAGCCUGGAAGAAACGGCAGAGCCUGAAUUCACUGGUUUCUUGAGAAAGCGUGUAAGGUCUUCAUCUGUUACGCUUCAUACUACAGAUCCUCAGUCUCAAGGAGAAUCGCAGUCAGACUAGACAAAAGGCCCACUUCCUUAGUGACCUGCAUUUGCAAUCUGCUUUUAGUGGCAACUUUGUCUCAAACGCGUCUGAGGUCCUCGUCAUUCACUGAUGUCCCGACCUUCCCUCCAUGCAGGCCAGUGAGGAAAAACAAUGUUUUUAUGACAUCACGUCUGCUGCAAAGGAGUGAUGACAUGAACAACGUAGAGCAAGGACCCCCCAUGAGAUCUUCUGAACAGGUUCUAAGACCCGCUGUUCUGCAGCCGUCUCAAACUCAGAGUUGUCAGAAAGCAGGCACAACAUUUGGGCCCGGUGCAUUGAAAUCCUACAAAACUAAGGAAAAGGCCGAGCACGAGAUUUCUGAAGUUGGAAGUUCCUCUAGUUUACUAAGUGAAAAUUUACCAAAUGCCAGAAGCUCAAUCCAGCUGUCUACUGAUCCAUGCAUCUCAGAGGCACCAUCGGGAUGCCAACCAAAGGAAGAUAAGUGUUCUUUUACAAGCUGCAGUUCUGACUUCGUUUUUGGAGAAAACAUGGUAGAAAGAGUUUUGGGCACUCAAAAACUUACUCAGCCUCCACUUCAAAAUCUUUCAUAUGCCAAGGAAAAAACAUUCAAAUCUGUUCUGAAAUUCCCUAAUGCUGUUUCAAAUUCAGACUCUAUUGAAAACAUAUCCCUAGUCGAAUCAGCUGCUGCUUUUUCCUCCAAACCAUCACAAAAAUGCUUGCUUGAGAAGAUUGAUGUUAUAACAGGAGAAGAAACUGAACAUAAUGUGUUAAAGAUCAACUGCAAGAUCUUUGUAUUCAACAAAGCCACAGAAUCCUGGAGUGAAAGAGGCCAAGGGAUUUUGCGACUGAACGACACGGCCGGCCGAGAGUGUGGAACACUGCAGUCAAGACUAAUCAUGCGCAACCAAGGCAGUCUGAGGCUGGUCCUCAACAGCAGACUCUGGGCUCAGAUGAAGAUUCAAAGAGCAAGUCAGAAAAAUUUGCGAAUAACUGCGACUGAUUUAGAAGACGAUGGUAUAAAAAUAUUUUUAAUUCAGGCUAGUGCCAAAGAUACAGGCUUUCUGUAUGCAGCAAUCCACCACCGUCUGGUCGCGCUUCGAAGCCUCGCUAAGCAGGGUGACGGUGGUCCAGCCGAAAGCCAGUCCGAUACAGCCCUCCCUCAGCUCAAUGGCGAGAGCUGUGACGAGGAUGAGGAUGAGAUCGCACAAGUCACUAAAAAUGGAUCAGAUCCUUCAAGGUGGAGCCACAGACAGUCAAUUGUCUGUUCAUAAACCCUCUCUGCUAUAAACAUGACAUCUACAGAAAGAGUGGCCACUCUAUUGAAAGGCAAGACCAUCCUAACUGAGAAGACUCUACUCAUUCAUACCUUAAAGAGUUUUUUUAAUUAAAGAAACAAACACAAUUUAUUGUAAUUAAAAGUUUUAAGUUUUCAUUAUUGUGGACAGAAUUUAAGAAAUGGCCUUCAGAAUUUAUCCUUUUGUGGAUUACUCUAGAAUAAGAUUUGAUAACUAAUUUGGUCUAUUCAUUACACUGACAGAUAUAUUAAUUAAAAGUACAAAUUGUCAUCUUUGAUAAAUCUUUGAUACAUACCUAAAGUAUUUAUUUUAAGUCACAUAUUGUCUGGCUAUAAAAUAUAGAAUAUAGAAUAUAUAGAAUAUAGAAUAUUUUACUAAAUUUACAGUAAUCUCUUUGGAAAAUACCAUAACUGCAAGGCAUUUUAUUAAACCAUGUGUAUAUUCUGAGAAAUUUGUAUUUUCACUUACACUUUGAAUUUCCUAAUACACACAAGAAUUCUUUUACAAGAGUGCCCAUUCAUGGACUUUUAUCCAUUGCAUCUUAUGUAUUUGACUCAAAGUCAGCUCACAAGAGUUGAUGAAUAAUUGAACAAAAUGUAUUACCUAUGUGUCAAAAAAUGUACAGAAACCAAAUAUCAAUGUGCUUUAUUUAGGUGGUCGUCUUAAUAGUCUAGUAGGUGUAAGGCUAUGGUAGAAGCCAUUUUUUAACAAAUGUCUCCUAUAUAUAUGGGCAAAUGAGUAUCUCAAAUUCCAUCAUUAUGAUAUAGUAAUUUUAAUAAUUGUUAGCAGAUGCUUUAUACCUUUUUGAUAUUUCAGAGACAUUUUAUGAAUCAUGCAUGAAAAUCCAUGUCAGAAUUGAGGGCAAUAUUUUAUUUUAUUAGUAGCCCCAAACAAUCUCAUUACAGGAUAAAGAUUCAAGGUCAUAAAUGAUUUUGGAUGUGUUCUGAAUCUUGAUAUGCUUGUAAUAAGCCUGAGACUUUACAAACUGUUACACUGAGGAAAAUAUUCUUUGAAAGCAUACAUAUGAAUAUAUAUUUUAAAAGUUGACAAUGCUUUAUUGCCUCCAUACAACAGAAGUAUCCGCAUGUGCCUAUCUAUUAAUCAAAUCUCAGCUUAAAUCUGAAAGUCUGGCAUACAAUCGCUGAGUAAGGUCUUUUAGAGUAGGAUUUAAUUAAUAUGUUCAGAAGAAGAUAGAAAAGGUAUCAGAAGAAGAGAGAAAGACUUGCCAUCAGGAAAAGGAGUAAACGCAGAUGAUUAAGAUGAUCUCCCCUCCCUCCCACUCUGUGGCAGAAUACAAAUCAUAGGAUGAGUCUAACAAGAAGCAUCAUCAGAGAGGCAUUUGAAGAAGAUAUGAAAGUACUGCUUCACCCAUAGGAUGUUAGCUUUGAGGGAACAUUCUGAUUGUAUGGUGAUUUUUAAAGUGAAGCAGAGAACAGAGGUCUUCUCUAUCCCUUGGCAUGUUUCUUCUUGGUCCCAUACUGGAAAUGAAAUGAAGUAAAAAAAAAAAAAUUGUGUGUUCCAAAUACUUUAAUAGAAGUUGAGUCGACUGAUUUUCUUUGGUCUUCUGUACAGAUGGCAAAUGAGAAAGAGACUUACUUGUAACCCAUACAGAAAUGCCAGGAGGUGCCCAAGUAGGUUAGAAUGUCAGCAUGGCAGAGAGACAGUGUCAACCUCAGGGUCAUGAAACGGUGACAAGGAGCAGAGACAUGACAUACAUUGCAAGAGUCCUCCAUCUUUUUUUUUUUUGUUGUUGUUGUUUGUUUGUUUGUUUUGUUUUUUUUUUCGAGACAGGGUUUCUCUGUGUAGCCUUGGCUGUCCUGGAACUCACUUUGUAGACCAGGCUGGCCUCAAACUCAGAAAUCUGCCUGCCUCUGCCUCUGCCUCCCGAGUGCUGGGAUUAAAGGUGUGUGCCACCACGCCCGGCUGAGUCCUCCAUCUUGAUUAGGAGAAACAUUUCCUAGAUUUUCUUUAUCUUGUAUUUUCAUCUAGCCUCCUCCUGCCCCCACUUUUUGGGUCUUCUACACUCUUUGUCUCCUUUCAAUGUGAAGCAAUCAACUAUACAAUAAUAUUCAUUUUCAUAAGUUAUUCAGACAGGUGAGUGCAAAUCUUACAUUCUGGAUUUCCAUAUAAGCUAUUUUUUAUUAAAAUCUGAUAAACUGAUUUCCAAAUUUAUUACAUAUGUAUCUAAAUUUAUAUUGAAUUAUAUAUCUUAUAUAAAGAUAAUCUAAAUAUUGUCUUUCAAUAGUAUUUACUCUAAUUGUUUAGCAUAAUUGAUGAAUCAUUAAAACAUUUCCUGCUACAAAAUAUUAUCUUACAUCCUUUGUGUUGCUGUGAUACAGAAUCAGAAUCAAGGGUACUUACAGAAGGAAGAGUGAUUUGGGUUUACAGUUACAGAGAAAGAACACACAACGAUGGGGAAGCCUUGCAGGCAGGCAGGCAGCGCAGGAAGCUAGGAGUUCACAUCUCCAGCCACACAUGGAAAACAGCGAACCAGAAGUAAGAUCAGGCUAUAAACCUUCAAAGCCAGUGACACACUUCCUAAAGGUUCUAUCCCAGUGUCACCAACCAGAGACUAAGUGUUCACACACCUGAACCUACGGGGACAUUUAUCAAACCACCACACACAUUGAUUAUUAUCAAAGAUGCCCUUCAACCACAGGGAAAAAUAGCUCUUCAAGUCCUAGACUGUAUGAAUAUUAUGAAGAGGGGAAUGCAUCUUUCACAGAGUGACAUGUGCAUGAGUGUUGUCGAGUCUGGGAAGAGUACAUUUAAGACCUUUGGAAAUCUCCAAGCUGCAGAUAUCAGUGAUAGACAGUGUUUUCAUAAAAUGUUAGGAAGAGUAGUAUUAGCUUUUAGGGUGCAAGUAUCAUGUAGUUGCAUGGAUCAUUCAUUAGAAAGCCAUAUUGGCUUUGCCAUAUUAUCCCAGUGGUAUUAGAGUUUAAAAUUUGCUAUCUUUAAAAUUUCACUUUUGUGUGAGAGUGUAACUGAUACCCAGUCCAGUGAGUUCCAGGAGUUUUGUGUUUUUGCAUUAGUUAGAUCAUACCUCCAGUGUAUACUCUACUAUACUGAUUACUUUUUUUUAUAUCAGACUUCUUCUAGUUAUCAAACUGGAAUAUGAGAAUACAAUAGGGUGUCUAAGAGAGUAUUUGUAAACCUUAGUAAUGGUGGAAUUAUUUAGACGAUUGAGGAAUGGUCUCGCCUAGUAAGGUCCUGAUGAUUUGAUAGGAUUCUCACUAGAAUAUUACUAGGAUUUUAAAAUUUCUACCAUCUAUUGGAUAAAAGCUAUUUCACGAUGAUCUUAGUUUGUAUCUUUCUGAUUUUUAAUAUGACUGAACAUUUCUUCAGGGGUUUAUUUAUUGCAUGUCUUUUAAGAAAUCUUUUAAUGACUUUGCAAAGCUAAUUAUGCCAUCUUUGCUGCUUUCUAGUAUAUAUCGCAUAAAAGCCAAGCUCCUUGGUGUGGUCAUAACACUUGGCAUUAGCUUUCCCCAUCGCCUCCCAGUGUUGUCUACUGCUCACAGUUCACAAGGAAUUCUAAGUUGCUUCGCCACUGGGUCUCGACACAUUUGUUUAUGUUACUUCUUCUGCAGAAACCCUUUCUCAUUCUUGAUGGCUCUACUAUUUUACUGUUACUUUAGGGCAUUCUUCUAAAUGUGCUCCUCUUAAUUCUUAUAAAGCACUCUAAAAUUCUA